AUGAUCCUCUGCACUAUGCCUGAUAGCUGGCCCAUCUUCGACUAUGCUGACUACGGCUGCUACUGUGGCAAGGGAGGCUCUGGUACCCCUGUGGACGAACUGGACAGGUUAGGGGUUAAGGGUCAAGGGACAAUGGUUAUAAAUAUGUCAAUAGGGCUAAAACCACUCCAGUCCACACACUAUCCCAACCACUAAUGAAUCUAUGUUGACUUGACAUCAAUUAAUGUUUUCCUUGAAAGUUUGAGUUCUUUGUUGCUUAUUGCUGCUGCCAAAGUUCUGGCAGUGUGUGUAAGUAUGAGUUUGUCUCAGAGUUGGUGUGUUCUAUGGCAUCAUCCUACAGGUGCUGUGAGGUCCAUGACCGGUGCUACUCUGAUGCCAUGCAGCACGAUGAAUGUUGGCCCAUCAUUGACAACCCUUACACUGAGUCCUAUGCCUACGACUGUGACAAGAACCUCAGAAAGGUCACUUGCAAGAGUGAGUACCUCCAAAGAGUCCCCUCCCCUCACUUCAUACACCACAAUGAUUAGCUUUAUACUACAUUACAUACAGUACUGCCCACGAUAUUCAUUACACUCUUUACCUUGCUCUCUCCAUUUCACUCUCUUUCUAUACCCUCCUUAUCGUUCUUUCUCUCACAACCUCAGGCAACAAUGACGGAUGUGAGAUGUUCAUCUGUGAGUGUGACAGGAAGGCUGCGGACUGUUUCGCCAGGAGCCCCUGGAACCCUGAGCACGAGCACCUUCCCAGUAGCAGUUGCCAGUAA